UUAAGUAAGAUUAUCAAAUUUAGGGUAGAAGAUUGAAAGACAAGAAGACGUCUAACGGUGUCUGAAAUAGGCCUUGGCCAUUUAAUCAUUAAUACUUUACUAUGCCAGCUGUUCCAAGGCCUGGUAGCCUUAAGGACCCAGAGAUUGCUGAACUAUUUGAGAAAAAUGAUCCGGAGAAAAUAUUUGAGGACUUGCGUGAGAUCGGGCAUGGGAGUUUUGGGGCUGUUUAUUAUGCACGAUGUUUGGUUACCAAAGAAAUUGUUGCCAUCAAGAAAAUGUCUUAUCUGGGAAAACAAACUGUUGAAAAGUGGCAAGAUAUCUUAAAAGAAAUUCGAUUUCUUAGGUAUCUUAGUCAUCCUAAUACAAUAGAGUACAAGGGCUGUUAUCUCAGGGACCACACUGCCUGGUUGGUAAUGGAAUAUUGCCUUGGUUCUGCAUCGGAUAUUAUUGAAGUUCAUAAAAGACCACUAAAAGAGGAUGAAAUAGCUGCAAUUUGUGAAGGUGUGCUACGUGGUUUGCAUUAUCUUCAUUCUCUUGGAAGAAUCCAUCGAGAUGUUAAAGCAGGAAAUAUUUUGCUUACUGAAAAUGGAACAGUAAAAUUGGCAGAUUUUGGAUCAGCAAGCAUAAAGUGUCCUGCAAAUAGCUUUGUAGGAACCCCAUAUUGGAUGGCACCAGAAGUGAUAUUAGCUAUGGAUGAAGGACAAUAUGAUGGAAAAGUGGAUGUAUGGUCUUUGGGGAUAACAUGUAUUGAAUUAGCGGAGCGGAAACCACCUUAUUUUAAUAUGAAUGCUAUGAGUGCUCUGUAUCAUAUUGCUCAGAAUGACACACCAACUUUAAAUUCUCCAGAUUGGUCAGAUGUUUUUCGCCACUUUGUUGAAGUGUGUCUAACCAAAAGUCCAACUGAAAGGCCAACCUCUGGUAAACUGUUAUCACAUCAAUUUGUCACAAGAACACGUUCUCCACAAGUUUUAAUAGACUUAAUUCAGAGAACAAAAGCUGCUGUUAGAGAAUUGGAUAAUUUAAAUUAUCGGAAAAUGAAGAAGAUCUUAAUGAUCGAUGCUUGUGAAAAUGAAAGUACAGUUGGUGAUGCUGAUGAUACUCCUGAUGAACAAACAGGUGGUGACAGUAGCAAGAGCAAUUCAAUUACCUCAGAGCAUUCAAUUCAUUCAAUGGGUGUUUCUGCAAGCUCUCAGAGUUCCUCCACCAAUAGCCUGCCACUGCCAAAUGCUGAUGCAAAUGACUAUUCCACUGGAUCUGUACGAAAUCGACAUAAAAUAUCAGCAGGCGGUGUCACUGCCAAUCUUCUUGAACAUGGUGCCAAUAAUUUUGCAACAAUUAGGACAACUUCAAUUGUAACAAAACAACAGAAAGAACAUAUGCAAGAAGAAAUGCAUGAACAAAUGAGUGGAUAUAAACGAAUGAGGCGGGAACAUCAAGGUGCUUUGGUAAAAUUAGAAGAACGUUGUAAAAUGGAAAUGGAAUCCCAUAAACAAUUAUUAGAUAAAGAAUAUGAAACUCUUCUGCAACAAUUUAGCAAAGAAUUGGAGAAACUUCAAUUAAAGCACUUGCAGGAAUUAGAACGUAAACUUAAGCAAAACCAAAAUGCAGAGAAAAAGCUUCACAAAGAAAUUACAAGCAGACAAGAGGCAGAUCGGAAAGCAUUAGAAGCACAGCAGAAGAAAGAGUACAAAGUUUACAAAGAGAGAUGGAAAAAAGAAUUAUCUCAAGAUGAAGUUACACCAAAACGACAACGAGAUGCUACACUUCAGAGUCACAAAGAUAAUUUACGACAAAUGGAAGCGCAAGAAGAACAACGGCUUGCAAGAGGUCAAAGGGAAUACCUUGACCUCGAAAUUCGUAAAUUUCGUAGAAAAAAAUUACUCAUUUUCCACAGUUUGGAGCAAGAACUACUUCGAGAAGAGUUAAAUAAGAGACAACAACAAUUAGAACAAGCACAUACCAUGUUACUACGACAUCAUGAGAAAACACAAGAACUAGAAUACAGACAGCAAAGGGCAGUCCAUGCCCUUCGAGAAGAUCAAGUUCACCGACAACAUGUUACUGAACUUUCUAAUCAACAAGAUUACAUGCAAAGAGCGGAACGUGAUUUACGUAAGAAACAUGCAUUGGAACUCAAACAGCAACCUAAGAGUCUUAAACAAAAAGAAAUGCAAAUUCGAAAACAAUUUAGAGAGACAUGUAAAAUACAGACACGACAAUAUAAGGCAUUAAAAGCUCAAAUAUUACAAACAACAGCUAAAGAGGAACAAAAGGCUGUUAUUAAAAAAUUAAAAGAGGAACGAAGAAGAAAGUUAGCUCUGUUGGGUGAUCAGUAUGAACAAAGUAUUGCCGAAAUGCUCCAGAAACAAAGUAUACGUUUAGAUGAAUCGCAAGAAGUUGAAUGUCAUAGUCUCAAGGAAAGGUUAAACUAUGAAUUAGAAAUAUUAAUGGCGUAUCAAUCUAAGAAUAAAAUGCAAGCUGAAGCACAAAGAAACAGAGAACGUCGAGAAUUAGAAGACCGAGUGUCGGUUAGGCGAGCUUUACUUGAACAGAAAAUGGAAUUUGAAACUCAGGAAUUUCUUCGUGAACGUAGCGAACGGAUACGUCUACUGCAUGAGAGACAGGACCGUGAAUUACAACAAUUUGACGAAGAAAGUACAAGAAUAGGAUUCAGUGCUCUGGCGAUAGCUGAGGCAUCAAAAGAAUCUUAUCCAGACGAUGAAAGCCUUAGUGGCUCAAUGUUAAGUCUGGCUCACAGUAAUAGUUCUACAUCCUUCCCCCCUAAUAGUCUUUAAUUUUAAUCAUAUUAAUAGAAUAUGUAUGUAUGUACGUUUGCCUGUAGUGAAUGCAUAACGAGCCUACCGACGUUUAAUU